UUGAACUGUUAACAUCAUAACAUCAGGUGCAGGAAACUGCGGGGAACUGAACAAUUUUGAAGUGCUUAAAAAUGCCUUGUAAGAGAGAAAAAUUUAUUCCGAUACGCCCAGCAUCAUUCAAUUGGAGUAAAGCCUACUUGCUGCAACCGCUAGACAACAUCAUAUCUCAUCCGGAUGCGCUCAAGAAACGUCCCUUCCGACCAUCAUACGAAGCGCAAGGAUGUCCAAACGUUCAGUGCCUGUUGCAGUACGAUUACUACCGCAUAUGGAAAUGUGAACACUCUCAAUACCAGACUCGCAAGGCUUUGCUGAGAAACCCUCCGAAGAAGAAGUUUUCCCCGUACCGUAAAAUUAAAGUUUCGGCCAAAUGCGUUAAACCUGCACCUGUCAGUCAAAUGGUGUCCGUUUUGGCUGCGCGCAAAAAAUACAAAUGCAUCGGCGCAAGGGUCGAUCACUGUGGAACUGAUCUCAAUGCCCAGCGUCGUCUAGCAAUAUUGCCACCGAAGCGUUGUUGCUAUCAAUCGGCUCGCUGUUGUUAAAAAUUUUACGUUUGAAAUCAAUCUGAAAUGCCGAAUAAACCAUUUAAGAAAGACGGCUAUUUAGAAGCUUUGGUUUUACGUUGGCUGUUUAUAGCGACACAA